GGAGGUACACAUGAAUAUUCCCACUCAGUCUCUCACUCUUACUCACAGCCUUGCACACACACAUAUUUUCGACAGACGUACAUGCUGCCUUGUCGCACAUGCGCACUCAGGCUGAGAGCAGAAGCAAGCACAGACAUACACACACAUGCAUGCGCCUGCAGCCACACUGCCUGAUUAGCUUGCGAGAGCUGUCUACAGCAUCCAGGGAAAUGGCGCAAGAGGCAGAGCAUUGGAGGAGGAACGGCAACCCAAAGCGGCAGGAUUAGACCUCUGGCAAUUUGGCCAGCUGAGGCAUGGAUUGACACAGAGCAGGGGACUGGGAUACGGAGCUAUCAGGAGGCAGCCUGUCUGACUGUGGACUGACUGUGUGUUGCUGGGAUCUGUGUGAGACGGCACAGGCGGGCUGACGCACCGGUAGGACUGGGCCGGGCCUCUGGAUCUGUACUGUGGGGGAGGGGCAGUCGACGCAGGGAGAGGGAGCCUGUUUUUCCAGACCACAGCUCUGGUGUGAUUCUUCAGCCUGGCCGUCAGCUUCAGGCCUGCCUGCAUCCCUCUCUGUCUCUUUCUCUCUCUCUCUCUCUCAUCCUCUCCAUCCUUGUUUUUCUCUUGCUUUUGUCAUUUGUUUCUCCCUUAUUCCUUCCCCGAUGUUCCUGCUGUCAUCCUUACCCUUUACCUCCAUCAUUCGGUUCUAUGGUCAUCUUUCGGUCCUGCCGUCGUAAUCACUCCAAUCUCUCUCCCCUCCAUCAUCUAAAUCUUUUAUUACUGUUUGUCAAGAGGCUUAGCUCUUGCAACAUAAUUUUUUGUUUACAUCUCUCUCCCAUUCCCACUGAUCUCCUCCAUCGACUCUUCUCUGUGCCCUUCAGACGGUCCCUCGCUCCCUCUCUUUUCCCCUCCAUCUUCCCUCUUUCGGCUCCCAUCCACCUCUACCCUGCAGUGACUGUAGAUUUGGGUCAGUCUGCUCAGCAAAUGGGAUGAGAUGUAGUCUCUACAGCAGCUGGAUCCAGGGGGCUCCUGGUCUGCCCAUCAGCGGGACCCUCAUCUUUGGACCACACUGAGGCUGGAGCCUGACUCUGGACUGACUGGGGGGCCUGCUUUGGGGUACUGCAUGUAGGCAAAGACAGUCCGUACCAGCAGCCCCUACCCUCACCCCCUUCCCCCCUUCCUUCGACCCCUCUCGGGGCAGCCGUCACUCUGGAGUGUCCCGGCUUGACUGGCUGUGGCAUCUCCUCACAAAACCUGACGACGCCCUCAUGCCACUGGGGCACCCGCAGUGCCCCUACUCCACUCCACUACCGCACAUCCUGCCUGUGCCAUCGGCCCAAACCCCCUGUCACCCUCAACAUGGGUGUGGUAGAGGCCAUUGAGCCAGUGCCAUCCCCCUGCCCCUCGCCUGUACCAGGGGGCUACAGGCUGCCCCGCUCCUCCAGCUACAGCCCCCUGCAGGGGAGGGCAGGGGCAGAGCUGGAUCUUGGUGCGGCUGCUGGAGGGGUUCUGGAGGGGAGUGGGACGGCGGCAGAGCGCAGGACGCCCUUCGUGGACCUGUUCUGUGAGACCUGCUCCAGGCCCUGGCUCAUCGGCUGGUGGGACCAGUUCAAGAGGAUGUUGAACAGGGAGCUGUCCCAUUUGUCAGAGAUGAGUCGCUCAGGGAACCAGGUGUCAGAAUACAUCUCCACUACCUUUCUAGAUAAGCAGAACGAGGUGGAGAUCCCAUCCCCGACUUUGAGGGAGAGGGAGAAACCCAUGUGUCACAUCAGCGGUGUGAAGAAGCUCACACACAGUUCCAGCCUUUCAAACUCCACCAUGCCUCGAUUCGGUGUGAAGACUGAACACGAGGAUGCGUUAGCCAGGGAAUUGAACGACUUGAACAUAUGGGGCCUUAAUAUCUUUAGUGUGGCAGAGUUCUCUAAUAACCGACCCCUCAGCUGCAUAAUGUUUGCCAUCUUCCAGGAAAGAGAUCUACUGAAGACCUUUCGGAUCCCUGUGGAUACAUUUGUCACCUAUGUGAUGACCCUGGAGGACCACUACCAUGCCAAUGUGGCCUACCACAACAGCCUCCACGCUGCAGAUGUCACUCAGUCUACUCAUGUACUGCUAUCCACACCGGCUUUAGAUGCUGUGUUCACUGAUUUAGAGAUACUAGCUGCGUUAUUUGCCGCUGCCAUCCACGAUGUGGACCAUCCAGGAGUGUCCAACCAAUUCCUCAUAAACACAAACUCCGAGCUAGCUCUGAUGUACAACGAUGAGUCUGUGUUGGAGAACCAUCACCUAGCUGUGGGCUUCAAGCUGCUUCAUGAGGACAACUGUGACAUCUUCCAGAACCUUAGCAAGAGGCAGAGACAGAGCCUAAGGAAACUUGUCAUUGAUAUGGUUUUGGCAACAGAUAUGUCUAAACACAUGAGUUUGCUGGCAGACCUUAAGACUAUGGUGGAAACCAAGAAAGUGACAAGUUCUGGAGUACUGCUGCUCGACCAUUACACUGACAGGAUACAGGUGUUGAGGAACAUGGUGCACUGUGCUGACCUGAGCAAUCCCACGAAACCCCUGGCUGUGUAUCGACAAUGGACGGAGAGAAUCAUGGAGGAGUUCUUCAGGCAGGGAGAUAAGGAGAGAGAGCGAGGGAUGGAGAUCAGUCCCAUGUGCGACAAACACACUGCAUCUGUGGAAAAGAGCCAGGUGGGCUUUAUUGACUAUAUUGUCCACCCGCUGUGGGAGACAUGGGGGGACCUUGUGCACCCUGAUGCCCAGGACAUCUUGGACACUCUGGAGGACAACAGGGACUGGUACCAGAGCACUAUCCCACAAAGCCCCUCGCCACCUCCUGUAUGUCAGGAUAAGGAUCUAAAUGCCUGCAUGGAUAAGUUUCAGUUUCAGCUCACCCUCGAAGACAGCUCUCAGAGAGAACAGGGAGAUGAGGGGGACAAGCCUACGCUGAACCAUGUGGCACAUGACUGCAGUCAGGGGGAGGAAGAGGAGGGUAAAAAAGAGGAAGAGGAAGACAUAAUGGUAGAGGAGGAAAAUGAGGACAUAAUAGAAGAGGAAGAUGAGGUGGCAAUGGAGGAAGAGGAGGUGGAGGAGGAGCUGAAAGCUCAGUUAGAGGUGAGAUCUGAAAAGGAGAGACUUUCUGACACAAGUCCUGUAGAGGAAGAGGAAGACUCUUCUUCACAAGCUGAAGAUACAUGAGUUUUGCUCCCGUAUCUCCCUCUUCACUUGCACACAUUAUCUUGUUCAUCCUUUCAAUGGCCAAACCAAGAACAAAUAAGACUGCAAUGACAAUACAGACCUUUAAAUAUAUUUUUCAAAAAGGGAAUAAAUUAAAAUCACUUAAAGAGAAGGUAAUUACACAGCAACUGUAGAUUUGGACUGGUGACAAGUCCUCCGACUGAUUCCACAACGAACUUUAGACUUAAGAGGAAUUUAGGAGAGCAUGAAUGAUGGGCAACUGCAGAAAGCGUAGCACUCUGAGACUGGAUGCACACACACAAACACACAGAAAGUGACACACACACACACACACACACACACACACACAGACACAGUAUGUUUGUAUGUGUGCAUGUAUAUGAGGACAUUGACCAGUAAUGAAUCUCUUUGGAAAAAGCCAUCUCUUAAUGGAGUAUUAACUUGUGUUCAGUCAGUAUUAGUAAUUCAUGUUUCUUAGAACCUCAACAGAAAUUGUUCUCCUCAGAAAAGCUACACAUCCGAGUGACUUUUUUUUUUCCAUUUCUGUCGGAAAGAAAAAUAAGAACAUCCACAGAGUUGGAGGAGGAGAGAGGAAGAUAAUGAAGAAAAAUAAGAUGCUGCGACGAAGGGGCCGCCAGGUCCCUUACCCCUUUUCCCUUUACGAGGAGAGUGCUACUGGUGCAAGAUGGCUCUGUGCCUUUCUGAAACACCAGCUUCCUGAAUGGAGCUGUCGUGAAGCAAUGCAUUGUGGUACAGGAGUGUCUGAUUUUGUUAUCAUUUUUGAUUGUCUCUCUUUACUGUUCAUGGUAUUGUGGUGUGUAUCUCAUACGUACAGUUUCUGUGGUGAUAUGUUUUAAGCUGUAAGUCUUCCUUUGUUGCUCUUCUGGUAAUCUAAUAACUCAGAACUGUAGAUGCAGAGCAAUCACUACCACCACCACCACAACCACCAGUGGACUCUUUCCAGCUUAUGUUUUUUCUUAUUAGAAUGCUUUUUUUAAACUUUCUGAGAAUAAGCCAUGUAAUGCUUUGAAGCAUAAGUUUUGCCUAUUUUCUAUUUAACAGUUGCUAAAAAUGUUGAAGGGAUACAUCAUUAUUUUAUCAGCAGAACAAAUUUCCACUCGCCAUCUCACACCCACUUGCACUGUGUGGUUAUGUCUCCUCAUGAACAAUGAUUCUCACCAAAGUAAACGAUGAGAAACUUCAGUGGGUGAAGCGAUUUAAAGGAACAUAGAUGAAUAAGAAAAUCAGAGUGGCAGAAUGUCAGUAGAAAGAAGCGUGAUUAAGGUGGUCUGGCAGUCCCUAUUCAUCCUUGUUAUGUUUGAUGCUUUUUUGCCUUAAUGUCAGAUGCAGGAUACAUACCUGCCAGUAUGUAGAUUUAUAAGAUAUAAUAGAUAUCCUAGUAUAUUUAUAUCACGUCUGUAUGCUUAUUUCUGUGAGUAUCAGUGUGUCAAUACACAAUGUAUCCAGCAUUGCAUUUGGAGGGUAAAAGGGAAACAUUGCUGCCAAUUAGUUAUUAUGUUGUUGCUGUGCUCGGACCAACAUAAAGAAUGUGUUGUUUUUUAAUCAGGAUGGAAAAAGGACUAUCUUAUAGCUACCUGGAGGCAUGCAGAGGAAGUAAGAAUGGGAGUUAAGAGAAUGACUAUGGAUGUCCUUUGUUUGAAUCUGAACAGAUAUUGAUUUGUUGACAUGAUGGAGUUGAUGCAUGUAUUUGUUUGCGUGGCUUAUUGUGUGGUCAUGAGUAAGCGAGUGAGAAACAGAAACAGAGGGUAUAUGCUAAAGAUGUUCUCAUAUGUGUCACAGGUCCCUCACUGGCAUCACCACAUGUUGUUGAAUGCUGUUCAUGAUUCUAUCAGCUCAGCUUAAAUAGGUCACAGUUUGUUUAGGUGUUUGUUUUUCACAGGGUAAAAAAAUUAUUAAAAAGUGUGGUUCUUUUGAAGGGUAAGAGCAAGUUUCUGCAGGUCAGUAACUGAGCUUAUCUGAAGACACCACAGCUCGGUGCAACACAAGCCUGUGUGUUUGACCCGCUCUGUUGCAGGAUGGAGCAGAGCUGCCGGGCCACCACACAGGCUUUCAUCUUGUGGAAUGGGAAUCCAGGAUUACUAUUGCAGUGAUUUAAAUAAAAGAUUCCCAUUUGCAUCGGCAUUUUACUUUAAAUAUGUUGCUUUGUUUUUGUGGCUUCUUGUUAUGUCAUAAGCUAUAAAAACGUUAAUAUUUACUUGCCAUACAAACACGAUACUGUAGCAAUUGUUUCUUAAAAGAAAAUUAUUCAAUUGAUUGAUUGCUGCCAUUCUUUUUAAAUGAUGAAAAGAAAACCAUAGGUAGUGUUUUCUUUGAACAGUUUGUGUACAGUUUAUUUUUAUAUCAUUCUGGUGGAUGGUCUGGAAAAUGAAUCACGUGUUGAUGAUAUAGCUAUAAACAUUAUCAUUCUUGUAUAUAUUGUAAUAUUGGAUUGUAAAUUAUAAAUUUAUCAAAGUCAUAAUGGUUGACAAAUAAAAAGGUUGUUAACUGAACCACUAAAACACUGCAGGCCACAUCAUCACCUUUUCAUUCUCUGGUUAUGUUUUCGCUCACUUGUGCUGACAUUUUUUUAAUUGUCCACAUCUAUUGUUAAAAUCAACUAUAUUUGUACCAGCACUUUAUUUCACCAGGUUUUAAGGCAGACAGUGUGUUUCAGGUAGUGUACAGUCUGUGCUAGUGGUUUGGUCAUUGGCAGUCACCUGUUGAUUAUAUUCCAUUGGGCCAAAUCACAAACCGUCAUUGUGCAGUAGUCAAUGUUAACCCCUUUCCAGAGACAUAAUCAAACAAACUUGUCAUUCUCUAUUAACAGUCAAUGUGAGAUUGAACUAAUUUGACUGAUAAAGUCAAAUGUAAGCUGAUGUAGUCACAUAGGAUGUGACAUAUUCAAAGGAAAUAAAUGUGUCCUUAUCUAACUUGGCCAUCUCUAGUACUCUCACCACCUCAAUUUGUUAGUAACUUUGGUCCCCAUCUGGGUUGCUGUCAGGUUACUUUGUCGCAGACUGACUCCCUCUGUGAAUAACUCUCUGGGCUUUAAUUCAUGUGUUUAUUCACGAGUAAGAAAGAUUAUUCAAGGGAAAAAACAACAUGAAAUGAUUGUAAUAUUUGUAAAUGAUCUUGCUGUAAUGUGUAAAAUGUGUCCAAGUUAUUUUUUAUAUUAUUUUUAUGAAAGGUUUUUCCUCUUAACAGAGCUGAGGUUUCAUUUUGUGAAUAAAUGCAUUUAAUAAGCAAACAUCUAUAUAUAAAACAAUGUUAUAGUAUAUCAGUAUAUUUUUUCUUUUAUUUCACUGUUCGGUACUGUAAAGUGUGUUAAAAAUACAAAUAAAGUAAGAUUUUUAAAUUAAA